CUUUCUCGAACGCGAGCCGCCCGCAGCCGGCGGCGCCCGAGCCCUUCCGGAAAGUGCCGAAGUCGUAGCCGGCGCCUGGCGGCUUCCCCGCCGGCCGGCGCAGCGCGCCUGCGCAGAGGAGAGUAACCGCCGGUUGGUGGCCGGUGCUCCGCAGUGGGGGAGAGGCGGGCGAGGAGCCGGCUCCCAGCAGCCCAGACGGUCGCCGCUGCCGCUGUAGUCGCAGGCCGGCGGGGGAAGCGGGAAGCACCGGGCGCAGCCAUGUCCGUCGUUGGCAUCGACCUCGGCUUCCUCAACUGCUACAUCGGCGUGGCGCGCAGCGGCGGCAUCGAGACCAUCGCCAACGAGUACAGCGACCGCUGCACCCCAGCAUGUAUAUCUUUAGGAUCCAAGACCCGGGCCAUUGGGAAUGCAGCAAAGAGCCAGAUUGUCACAAAUGUAAAAAAUACAUUACAUGGUUUCAAAAAACUGCAUGGAAGAGCAUUUGAAGAUCCUUACAUACAAGCUGAAAGGGCCAAACUUCCCUAUGAACUUCAGAAGAUGCCGAAUGGCUCCGUAGGUGUAAAGGUGAGAUACCUAGAUGAAGAGAGACUGUUUGCAAUUGAACAGAUUACAGGAAUGUUAUUGGCCAAACUUAAAGAGACUUCAGAAAGUGCUUUGAAGAAACCAGUGGCAGACUGCGUGAUUUCAGUACCCAGUUUCUUCACUGAUGCUGAGAGAAGGUCUGUAAUGGCAGCUGCGCAGAUUGCAGGAUUAAACUGUCUGAAGCUGAUGAAUGAAACUACAGCAGUUGCACUAGCCUAUGGAAUAUACAAGCAAGAUCUGCCAGCCUUGGAAGAGAAGCCAAGAAACGUGGUCUUUGUAGAUAUGGGGCAUUCUGCAUAUCAGGUUUCAAUCUGUGCUUUUAACAAGGGAAAACUGAAGGUCUUGGCUACUACCUUUGACCCUUUCAUAGGUGGUAGGAAUUUUGAUGAGGCGUUGGUAGACUACUUCUCUGAAGAAUUUAGGACAAAAUACAAACUGAAUGUAAAAGAGAAUCCCCGAGCGCUGUUACGAUUGUAUCAGGAAUGUGAAAAACUGAAGAAGCUUAUGAGCGCAAAUGCUUCUGACCUUCCACUCAAUAUUGAGUGCUUCAUGAAUGACCUUGAUGUCUCCAGUAAGAUGAACAGAGCUCAGUUUGAGCAAUUGUGUGCUGCCCUUCUGUCUAGAGUGGAACCUCCUCUAAGAGCAGCCAUGGAUCAAGCUAAACUUCAGCGUGAAGAUAUCUACAGUAUAGAAAUAGUAGGUGGGGCUACUAGAAUUCCAGCAGUGAAGGAACAGAUCUCUAACUUUUUCUGUAAAGAGAUAAGCACCACGCUAAAUGCUGAUGAAGCUGUUGCAAGAGGCUGUGCCUUGCAGUGUGCAAUUCUUUCCCCAGCUUUUAAAGUGCGUGAAUUUUCCAUCACAGAUGUUGUUCCUUAUUCUGUAACAUUAAGGUGGAAAUCAUCUUACGAAGAAGGAACAGGGGAGUGUGAAGUCUUCAGUAAGAACCAUGCUGCUCCAUUCUCAAAAGUAAUCACUUUUCACAAGAAAGAGCCUUUUGACCUGGAAGCUUACUAUACCCAUCCACAUGAAGUGCCUUAUCCAGAUUCCAGAAUAGGGCGUUUCACUAUUCAAAACGUUGGUCCCCAACACGAUGGCGACAAUUCCAAAGUGAAGGUUAAGGUGCGCGUCAAUAUUCAUGGCCUUUUCAGCGUGGCUAAUGCUUCUAUAAUAGAGAAGCAGAACAUAGAGGGAGAUCACAAUGACACACCUAUGGACACUGAAUCAUCAAGUAAGAACCAAGGCAGAGAUGAUGAGCUGCAAUUACCUUUCAUUAUUGAGGAUGAUACCCUCGACUCUGAGGAGGAGGAUAAAAUGCAGGUUGAUCAAGAUGAAGGUAUUCAGAAAAGUCAAGCUGAACAACAGAACCAAGGAGAUGAGGAAACUGAAAAUGCAGGAACUGAAACAAAAGCUGCUUCUGGCGACAAGCAAGAUCAUCCUGCCCAGCCAAAGGCUAAAGCAAAAGUUAAGAGUAUUGACCUACCUAUACAGGCAAGCCUCUACAGACAACUGGGACAAGAUCUUAUCAAUUGCUAUAUAGAAAAUGAGGGGAAGAUGAUGAUGCAAGACAAGCUUGAGAAAGAAAGAAAUGAUGCUAAGAAUGCUGUUGAAGAAUAUGUGUAUGACUUCAGAGACAAACUGUGUGGAGUCUUUGAGAAAUUCAUCACUGAAGAAGAUUCAAACAAGCUGACCUUGAUGUUGGAGGACACAGAAAACUGGCUUUAUGAAGAUGGAGAGGACCAACCAAAACAAGUAUAUAUGGAUAAGCUUCAGGAAUUAAGAAAAUUUGGACAGCCUAUUCAGGAGAGAUACAUGGAGCAUGAAGAGAGACCAAAAGUUUUAAAUGAACUGGGAAAGAAGAUUCAGCUCCUUAUGAAAGCAGUAGAAGCAUACAAGAAUAAGGAUGAAAAAUAUGAUCACCUAGAUCCUGCUGAGAUGGAAAAAGUUGAAAAAUACAUUACUGAGGCUAUGAAUUGGUUGAACAGCAAAAUGAAUGCCCAGAACAAACUAAGUCUAACUCAGGAUCCAGUUGUCAAAGUGGCAGAAAUACUGACGAAAUCGAAGGAAUUGGAUAGCUUCUGUAAUCCCAUUAUAUACAAGCCCAAACCGAAGAUAGAACCUCCCAAUGAUGGGCAGUCAAAAGCUAAUGGUGAACACAAUGGACCAGUGAACGGACAGAGCGGUACUGAAACAAAACCUGAACCAGCGAAGGACAAUUCUCAGCAGACCAAACCACCUGGAGAAAUGGAAGUGGACUAAAUCUUGCAUUUCUUUUACUGAAUUAAAAUAGUGCAAGUAACCACAGGGUCCAUUCUUUUUGUGUGGUACACACCUCAGAUGUUCAGUUAUUCUUAGCCAACCUUCUGUCAUUUGUUGCUGCGUAGUUUUGAAAGUGUUUUAUAUUAAGUACACCUCUGAUGUUCGUUUCCACUCAUGCUGCUUAUGUGGAGCUUUAGCCAAAUGUAGAUUGUAUAAGUCAGUUUAAGCUUUCCCAAUAUAUUUUAUAUCAAACAUACAGAAUUGAUAUAUAAAUGGCAACAAUCUACCUUAUUUAAAGCUUUUAUUGUGGAUAAACCUCAGCUCCUUUAUUCAGGAAAGGAUACUGUAUUGCACUACUGAUGCUCAAGUGUAGAUCUAAUUGCAUCUUUAUUUUGGAAAAAUAUUGGAAUUGAAGUGGCAAAACUUGUCACUUGAAGCACUGACCUUUUCUAGUUAUUGUAUUGUUAUAAUUUAAAUAUUAAAAUAGAGGUUAGUUGGCAUACUAGUCCAUCUUGUUGAUGUACCAUGAGAAUUGUAUGGUCUUUUUCAUAUAAACUGAAUAAUACAAGCUUAAACAUUUUUUUAGAUUCCCAUACCACUAACUAAAAUCUUAGUUACAAAAUGCUAGCAUAAUGGCUCUGCCAUGUGCUGAAAUUAAGUGAAUGGUCUCAGUGCACAUUGCUGUACAUAAUGUACUGUGCUUAUCAUAGGAUGAUGAUAAUAGUAUGAAGGGGUAGAAUAUACAAGGACUGUCGCAUAGCUUUCCCUUGAAAAUGUCUUAUUGCACACGUUACUAUUUCCAUUUCUUUUGUUUUGAAUGAACUCUACAUCUUGAUCACAUCUUGUGCUGGGAAGGAGAAAUAACAGAAAUUGGGCUGUGCAAGCUGGGUAUUAGCACCCUGAUUUUGAGGUUGCUUCAAUGCUGUUUGUUGCAAGCUUAGAGAGUUUAUUUAAGCCUUGGUACUCGGCACGUAAAGCUUUGGUCAAGGAUCUAAACAAAAGAGCUUACAAACUGGAUAUUGUUACCCCAAAGAUGGAAUCUACUUGAUGAACUUGCAUAGCUUACCAGUUAUCUUUGGUCAUUUACUUGAUCUAAUGAAAGUGUCUACAAUGUAUUACACAGUUGAGUCACUAUUUUCUUUGAUACAUCUUAGACAUGUCUUAGACAUUGUCAAGGUCCAGUGUAUGUUCGUAUAUUCUGAAUGCUUGUCAGUCACCGAGGUACUGUAGCGCUUGCUAGAGCAAGUCACUUUUCUUUUGACUUUAAACAGCUCUUCUCUUACCAGACUAGGAAUGGGCUACUCUGACUCUGAAGAGCGGUGUCUUAGUCAAGUCAGCGUAAGAGACUGAGAUUAGUCACAGCAUACACUUCAAUGACUUGGACUCCAUUGCUGAAGUGCACUGAGGUGUUUGGGUGUUAAUGAGGCAUUCCUGCAGCAGUUCUCCUGUACAAGAUUGUCGCUGUUGUAAACAAGUGAAGGGUCUUGCUCUUGGUUCUGGCCUUGGCAGCCAUUUUAUCUCCAGCUGUGCCCUUCAUGUUCUACCACUGUUCAUGCUACAAAGAAAGAGAGGAGUCUGUGACCCAAGCUAGCGUUGGUAGAGGUGAACUAUACUGUCAGAUACCUUCACAGAAAAAGGAAGCAUCAUUUACAGCUGUACAUAAACCUGCUAAACUAGCUCAAGUGCUAGAAUUGUAUCUUCAUGACUGACGUCAAGUGACUGAGAUGCAUGUACUUCGCUCUACUACUCCUCCUCUACACAAUUAACUGGGGAUGGUCUGGCACUUGAGUUUUUGUAUUUAAAGCCCUUGAACAAAAACUGAGUGACCUUGAAGAGAGCUGCAGCUACUCUGCAACCUCAGUCUUGAAUUCUGCCGCUGUAGUCACACAUCUUUGGCACUGAGGGGGUGACUGUACUUCAGUGUCAGUUGUCCUAAGUACGUCAGUACACGACUGACCUAGCUUUGGUCCCAUAGGCUUUAACAUGAAUAUCUUAAUGCCUUUACCACAGCAGUGUAAUGAGUAGCAUUCUUAAGUAUUGGCUUCCUAAAACCCAUCUACACAUUAAUUUGUCUAGUAGACUUUCUGAUACCUGGCAGAAGAGCUCAAACAGUGGACGUCUCCAGUGUAAGCUCUCCAACAGCUAAAAAAAAGGUCAUGUGUAAGAACAGAACGUCUUCUGCUCAUGGUCAUCAGAUGCUUAAUAGUACAUUACAAAUGUUUGAGGCAAUUCUUGUGUAUAAAGGCUGGAAUAAUCUUACAGCAAGCUUAAAAGCAGAUAUGGCUAAGACAAGCAAUUGUAGUAAGGUUUUCUUACUAGAACAGGUUUUUUUGCUGUGCAUCUGCUCUGUCUCUAGAUCCCUGGUGAAGAAGAAUGCUACCCACAGACUGCUGAUAGCAACUGGUUGCUGAUGUAUGUGUUAAGAAUCCCAUUUGGAAGGGCAAAAUUGUUCUAUCUGCAGUGAGCUUCACGUAAACAUGUGAACAUAGGACUUGUUCAUACGUAAUCUGUUUUCAGGAACAAAGAGAAAAGUUUACCAGGAUGCAGAUUUAAGGUUCUCAAGUACUUAGAUAAGCAGAUAAGUUAUGAACGACUUGAAGAUGAGGUUUUGUGCAUUGGACUCAACAAGCAAGUUAGCCUGUGGCUACCCUGACAGCACCAGAAUGAGUAUCUUGCAACAUAAAAUUAACAAGUUUUGUAGUAUGCUACUCUGCAUCUCGUAUAUUUUAAAAGCAGGUAUUUGUUGCUAAUGUCUUAUUUGAGACCUUCUAUUGAGGGUAAGAUACAUUUCUGAUGUUUGAAAAUGUUCCUCCAUCCCACAAAAAGAAAAAACAGGAAGCAACACUAUCUUUGUAAAGGCAGUAGAGUUUUGUUUUAAAAAAAAAAAUAAAAAAAUUAAUCACAGUCUACAGCUUCAUGUAAAAGUUUAAUUUCAAAAGAGCAUAAAUACUUUGCUUUAUUUUACCAGCAACAUCUUUCUUCUUUCCUUUAAAGAGGACUGAUUCUCUCCUGCCUGGAGCAUUAAUGGGCUUGCCUCAGAAAUGGCUUUAAAAUUAAUUUGCUUUAUGAAACUAAGUUGCUACUAGCUGUUCUACAACUGAUGCAUGGUUUCCUUUCCACAUUGUUUUUUUUUUUUUUCGGUAAACUUCAGGAUUUUCUUUGAACUUCAUUCAUAUGUAAGAUAAACAGAUUUUAAACAAUCCCUUUAAGUUAAACUUUUAUACUCUUCUUCCUUUAAACUGGCAAGGGUGCUACUGGAUAAAACAACCCAGUACAGCUGCCUGCCUCGUUUGGUCUGAAUUUGAAUGUGUGUCUGAAUUUGAAUGAAGAAUCCUCUCCCUUGUUUGCUUCUGGCAGUGUCCUUCUUUCACUGUUUAAAUACUGCCUUUGGGGCAUGCUUGCAAAACUUCCAGUAGGCAGUUGGAUCCCGAAUCCUCCAGGCCCUUUGGGUGAAGCACCCAACCUGUGUUGCCACUCGGCUUCACAAGGCAGCGUGGCAGAGGGAGAGGGGGAAGGUGCCCUUGUCUCUGGGUCGGGUAUGGAUGGCAGCACUGGAGGGGAACCGCAGUUCCUGCGGUGCUACUUCUGAAGUGUACAGGCCUGCGACUGCAGCGUUCUGUAUGUGUGCCUUGUGGGCAGCCAGAGGGUACCACUGCUGUGGUGUGCGGUGUGAAGCUGUGGUUCUUCCACUUGAAAGUGUUAAUCUAAAGCAUCCAGUUGUGUCUGUUGAUAAGAUUUCUUUGUAUCUUCAGCAUUUAGUAUUUUUUUGAAACAUCUUGGUGUGCUGAACUCUAACCUCUGCUACUACAGAUUCUUCCUGUUACUAACUGUUCUCAAAUACUCCAUAUUUGAGUCAUUUUUUUCACUGUAAGGAUUAUGUUUAAGUGUAACUUCAGGAGACAAGCAAGGAGCUAGCAGGAGACUUUUCUUCCCAAGUAUUUUUUUACGCUAGUAUGAGAACUUUACAGCCUUAACAAACCUUGGAAUCUUUACACUUCUCAGUGCUCUGGUUAUCCAUGCCUUUCAGUUAACUGACACUAGCUUUCAACAACAUGAAACCAUUUUACAAAUACGCUGCAUUGGCUGGUUCACAGCACCUAGCCAGCUGCUGUAGGAAAAGAAGCUAAAUUCAAUUGCCAUUGAUCAGUGUUGUCAGGACUCCCAUUCCUCAAAAGAGGGCUUUCAUUUUUGUGUGACCACGCUGCAAUGCUCUAAUAUGCUGACUUCUGUGAGCGCUUCUAAACUGAAGCCCAGAUGCCAAAACUUUAGUUGUGGGUCAGUAUAGUGCCCACACACUCUAGGGAUGCUUACAUUAGCUAUCACUAGUUUUAACUGGAUGGAUGAAUACUAUGUUGCCUCUUUAAUUUUGUUAUGCUAAGUCUUGUAGCCUCUCAGGCACCAGAAGACACAAGCUCUCUGUCAGAAGAGGUAGUAAAAAAACCAUUUUGCUUAACAAAAGGCAGGUAAUGCCUUGUAAAUUUUAAUUUCAACUCCCAAGAUGACUCUUGGAGUAUAAAUACAAACUCUUUGUAGCUAGAGAAAGUGUGUGGUGGCUGACUUUUAGCCAAAUUCUUAAUUCUCCACAGUUGAAAUUUGAAGACUUCAGCCACUUAUUACACAGGUAAAUAAAAGUGAAAACAACUAAAUGUGACUGUUAGUACCGCAGAAUACUAAACUGGGAAUGUGCUCAUGUGACUUACCUGAUACAAAUAUUAAACCCUGUUUUCCAUCUUUCCUGGUCAGAAGGAAAUACAUCAAGUAAUGAAAAGCGGCAAUCACUGCAAUAUGAUAUAUGAAGAAUCAUUUUAAACAAAAAUGCAAUUAAGAGCUAUACCCACCGGCCACCUCUAUGAAGUGCUGAAAUGGUUUAAUUAAACUUAUAAAAAAAGGUGGUAGUCCCUGAAUGUUGCAUAGUUGGAAAAGUUUGUUUACAUAGUCUAAACGUAACGCCACAGGAUUGGGGGGGAGGGAAGAGAUGGGAGUGUUAGAAUUUAAAGCAGUGUUUUAAGUAUGCAAAAUGUUUACUAUGUAUGUAAAUGGGAUUCUUAUUAGUGACAGAUCAUGUGCAAAUUGACAAUACUGCAAUUUAUUUUUGAAUGGCAAUAUAGAUUGUCAAGGUUGUGUAUAAUUAUAAUAAAUAUAUAAACUGCUACUUGAACCAUAAA